AUGAAUAUGAUGAUAUAUUCAACCUUCUUUUCUGUUAUUUUAUCGGUUGGCUUAUUAGGAUCGCAGGCAACUGCGAAACCCAUUAUAGAUUUUGAUGGGAUUGCUCCCGCUACCCCCCUACGGGACGACGCCUUCGUGAACACGAUUUUAAGGCGUGGCAUAGACUUGUCUAGCCUAGAUGAUAUCCCAGCGGCGCAACCAAUUCGCGAGGAUGGGCUCCGCCGCCGUGAUAUUAUGAGCGCUAAACAAAAGAGGUCCAUCUCUGAGGCUAUGGAUAGGGCGAUAGAAAUGAAGCCUAUCCGUGAGGAUGACUUAACUCCCCAGCACCUACUCAAGAGAGAGGAUCCACUAUCGAGACUGGAUCUCCGAGAAGAUGUUAUAAUGAUGUACGGAGGGGCCGCUGUUCAACAGCAGAUGUAUCUUGCAAACGUGACCCUCCAUGCUCCCGACCCAGAGCAUCCACUUAUCAUGAUGGAAAAGUUUGACGGACUUACUACAAGCUUGGAAUGUACUUCCAGGUCACAGAUGAAGAUCAAAUUCAAGUCAAAACCAGCUAUGGAUCACGCUGUCGCCGCUUGGAAGUGGGUCAACUCCGAGGAAGCCGAUUACUUCUACUUAAUCGCCAACCACCCCACCUGUUGCCCAUCAAGCCAAAGGGCCCCAUACAAAGUUACGGAGGUCAAAAUUGACGAGAAGGGGCUCGAGACCACGCUUACUGUUGGGAAAACACUUUGGACUGAAGUUGCUGGCAAUUUCGAUCUCACCCUUGGUAGAUACGAUAUCCCAAGCCGAGCAAGACGACACUUCGAGCCAGCGGCUCUCACCAAAAGAUUCUUUGGGCUCGACAGCCUCGCUGUCAAGCUUAUCAGUUUCCUCGGUGUGGCACCAGACAUAUCAGCCCUCAAGUCAAUUUUCGUGAACCUUGCGACGGCUCAAAAAAGAGUAGAGUUAUUCCGUGACCGGUUCCACGAAGACCCAUACCUUCAGGUCAACUGUAUCGAUUGUGGUUCUCAUGGUGGUGUUGAACUCGGUGUCCGAGCAAAGGCUGAGGGUGGAAAAGUCAAAAAUCUCGGCCUUUUCUUGCAACCAAAGGGGCUCGCGGCAAAAUUUGAACUCGAAGUUAAGGCCCAGGCUACUAUGGCAAACCCGAUAUCUGUCACCAAGUCUAUCCUCCCAGAUACAACUAUUCCGGGAUUCUCUAUUCCAUUCCUGUUUACUUUCGGUCCUUCCAUUCAAUUUAAUGCUGGAUUUGACCUCAAACUCGAUGCUAUCGCCAACUUCACUAUUGGUGUUGAAGCCGUAAUGCCAGAUUCUGCUAUGAUAGUUCUGGAUGUAGUAGCAAAGAAGAGCGGCGUAAGCGGCUUGCAAGGAGCUAGAAUCUCUCCCAUAUUCCGCGUCAACGACCUUGAGGCCAAGGGCGAGGCCGGUGCUUAUAUUGGCCCAUCGAUUGCUUUCGGCGCGAAGAUUCUUAACACCUUCAAAUACGAGGGUGCCCUUCAACUCAACAUGCCUUAUGUCGGUGCGGAACUACACGCCGGAUACAAAAAAGAUGGCUUUUGCCCAAAAGCCAAUACUACGGAAAAACAGAAAAUUACCACGGGCGUAAAGGGAAAGCUGAAUGCUAACAUAGAGCUUUGGUUUAAGCUGGGUUCUCAGGGUGGAUUGAUCCCGGUACCGAACUGGGCCCCAACGCUCGAAAGAAAGAUUUGGGGUCAAGAACAUCCGUUCGAAGAGUUCUGUGUCCCAUAUGCAAUCCCUGGGCUUCAAAAUGGUGCUAAGCCUCCACCGCCAUCUAAAACUUUGGAACUUACCGGCGAUAUAACCAAGUUCAAGACUCGAACUUUCUCUGCCGAAACCACAGCACCAUUAGCCCAAGUCUCCGUAAUUCAAGGACCCUCAGACCCACAAAUCGUAACAACAUCCGCAUCUUCUGCAUCUUCCGUCAUCACAUCUAUGGCUAUUCCAAAUUCCGAAUCUUCAGACAGUACAACAACGGGAACUAUAGAACCUAUUGUGGAAACAAAGACUUCAUCUAUUGUAGAGUUGGAAACCUCAACGCUUUUAGAGUUAGAGAUUCCAACGACACCCCCUACCGCGGCUCCCGCUUCGUCCCCCACAGACGAAAUUGAGCUCGACGAUGAAAUCACACCCACCCCAGAUGAUAACAAGGAUAAUUCCAACAAUGGGGCCUUCGAUCCAAAGGAUGAUGAUAUCCCAUUUAUAGAUGAAGAUGAAGAAGAAAGGGGGCAGGACCCUGAGACACAGCCUACAGUUCAGAUUGAGGACGACAAGCCUGAAACUGUUGACCCGGGCACUAUAUCAUUGUGA